AGGGCAAAGAGUAUCUUACCACCUGGUAACACUGGCCGAGACAUAAUAACCUCCGAUAUAGAAGUCCGAUAUCGAAACGUGUUGGCUUUGAAAUUACAUAGAUUACAUCGGGACAUUCGAAAUGGGCAACGUGCUAGCGGCUUCCUCCGGCGCCCCAGGCAGUGGCGCCUCAAAUCUGGGCCUCGGCCUCCAGGAACCGACUCCCGUGCCCUCUAAUUCCGGCUCACUGACCGAAUCCUCUUCGUCCGCCGAAGGCUCGGACUCGCUUGCCGCCGCCAAGGACGCAGCGCUGGAGAAUCCCGGCACCGUUGAGGAGCUUCACAAAAAGUGUAAAGAUAUCCAGGCCAUCACCUUCGAGGGUGCCAAGAUCAUGCUGAACAAGGGCCUGAGCAACCACUUCCAGGUGUCGCACACCAUCAACAUGAGCAAUGUGGUACCCAGUGGAUAUCGCUUCGGAGCAACCUAUGCGGGCACCAAGCAGUUCAGCCCCACGGAUGCUUUCCCCGUGCUCCUGGGCGACAUCGAUCCGGCGGGCAACCUCAACGCCAAUGUUAUCCAUCAGUUCUCCGCCCGUCUGCGCUGCAAAUUCGCCUCGCAGAUCCAGGAGUCCAAGGUGGUGGCCACACAGCUGACGACCGACUAUCGCGGUAAUGAUUACACCCUCUCGCUGACGGUGGCCAAUCCCAGCAUAUUCACCAACUCCGGCGUGGUCGUUGGCCAAUAUCUCCAGUCAGUCACUCCAGACCUUGCCCUGGGCUCGGAACUGGCCUACCAGUUCGGUCCGAAUGUCCCCGGCCGUCAGAUAGCUAUUAUGUCCGUCGUGGGCCGUUAUACGGCUGGAAACUCGGUGUGGUCGGGGACCCUGGGGCAGAGCGGUCUGCACGUGUGCUACUACCAGAAGGCCAGCGAGCAGCUGCAGAUCGGUGCCGAGGUGGAGACCAGCCUGCGGAUGCAGGAGUCUGUGGCCACGCUAGCGUAUCAGAUAGAUCUGCCCAAAGCGAAUCUCGUCUUCAGAGGCGGAAUUGAUUCCAACUGGCAAAUCUUUGGAGUUUUGGAGAAGCGUCUGGCUCCAUUGCCAUUCACACUAGCCCUGAGCGGACGCAUGAACCACGUGAAGAACAACUUUAGACUCGGCUGCGGGCUGAUGAUCGGCUAAGCCGGAUCUUUGGACAGCCAUAUCCUACUUCAGCCUCAGACCCCAAGCACACACCCAUCCAUUGUAACUUUUUCACAUCAUCCGCUAACAACAAGAAGAAGAAGAACAACAAACAAAGAGAUAUAUAAAUCUGCUAACAAACUUUUUUUAUGAUGAUCUGUCUGUCGCUUGUGUGUAUAAAAAAUGCCUUGCAUUGCGAAAGAGGCGGCCAGCAGGGAUCUGGGAUCCUAUGGAAUGGCUUUUAUUCUUUAAUCCAUUAUGUACCAGUGUGCCACUGUUUGUCGUCCGUUGUUAUUCGAUCAAUUUAACCCACUGACAGAGUCAUAAACGCGGAGUUCAAAAUACAAGAAUGAAAACUAU